AUGAGCAAUAAAAGAUUAAGUAAUUCAUCAUAAUAACAAUAAUAAUAAAAAAAGCCAAGCUUCAAUGAUUAGCCAACUGUAAUACCAACAAAAGAGGAUGAUAAAAAAAGUGUGAAUGGUAGUUAAAUAAAUGAUUCUCAGGAUGGAGCAUAAAAAUAAUAACAAUCCAAAUUUGAUCUUCCUUAAAUUCCUAAAUUUUAGAGUCUACCUUUAAGAGAUUAUUUUGAUAAUAAUUUAAGUGCAAUAUUAUUAGAAGGAUUAAAGGAAGUCGGAAGAUAGAGGUAACAGUUUUAAUUAACAAAAUUAUAGACCUGAAAAUCCAAUUCGAUUUUUGGGAGAAUAUUUGCUUGAAUAGGAUAAAUAAAAAUGAA